GAAAGUACUCGUGUCUCCCAUUGGAGAAGGAAUAGGUAUAACUCUAACUGUAAGUCGUGUUCGCGCUUCCCUUCCAGAGAUACGGAUUCACUGCCAAAGUGUUUAAAAAAAAAAAUAAAAACACAAACAUAUUUUGCGUUUGUGAGAUACAUACAUCUGCAUUCUUCCGACUUGUUCCGCUCAAAACAAGCACAAACUGCAGCAGUCCCACGUCGCAGCGAUGGACAUUACCGAGCAGAUCAGCCAGCUGGAGAGCGACCUUCAAGAGGUCAAGAGCUUGCUUGAGAAGAGUACGAGGAGGCGGCUUCGAGACGUUCUGAGCCAAGAGCAGAAGAAGAUUGAGACGGAGAUCGCGCUGAAAUGGCAGCAGAAGGAGAAGCAGGAUACCAACAAAAGAGCACAGCCCCCCACCACCAAAGGAUACACAGUAAAGAUAAACAACUACGGGUGGGAUCAGUCAGAUAAUUUUGUCAAAAUCUACAUAACGCUGAAAGGAGUGCACAAAAUCCCUGCUGAAAAUGUGGAGGCCAGUUUUGCUGAAAGGUCGUUCGUGUUGCUUGUUAAGGAUCUUGAUGGGAAGAACCACCAGAUGACUGUGAACAACCUCCUGUGGCCCAUCAAUGUACAGGAGAGCUGUCGAAAGGUCAAAACAGACAUGGUCUUAGUUAUGUGCAAGAAGAAGAGCCAAAAGAAGUGGGAGUGUUUAACCCAGGUGGAGAAGCAGACAAAAGAAAAAGAGAAGCCCAACUUUGAUGAGAAUGCAGACCCCAGCGAGGGUCUGAUGAGCAUGCUGAAGAAGAUCUACACAGAGGGGGAUGAUGAAAUGAAGCGCACCAUCAACAAGGCCUGGACAGAAUCCCAAGAGAAGAAGGCCCGGGGGGAGGACAUGGACUUCUGAGCCAGAACAACCUUGCUCUUAUUCUGCCUCGUUCUUUGUGUUGUGUCUUUUUGUUGACAGCAUGGUUUCUGUUGUAUCCAUGUACAUUGGAAAUAAAUAUUGAGUAACAGCGCA